CCUACCUCCACAACUACUCUGGUACAGACAACGGCAUCAGAAGAAUAUCCGGGGUUUAGUGGGUAAUUUCCCGCUCGAUCAGAUAGGUUACAUCGUGCAGUGGUGCAGCAUUAACCGGGUUGGUAUCAGCGGAAGAAGCUCGAUUCGAGACGGUCCGGGAGAUCCCUCAUGGCCUCGGGCCUAAGCACUAGAAGCCAUGAUUCGACUGCUCAGGUUAGCGACUCCGAUAUUGAGUCAAACGAGGACUCGGUUUGCUUUUAACGAGCGAACACCCUCAGCAGUGAUGCAGGAAAAGCCGCAAUGUGGCAGGUACGGGAACUGAGAGCGGCGAGAGCCAAGGCCUACAUGAUGAUAUUACAGCGAGCGUCAAAGCUGCGUAUGUUACAGCAGAACAAGUGGAGGAAUAAAGUACAGGAGCCUGGAAGAGAGUGGCCGAAGUGAAGAGGCGGGUUGCCUGCGGUGCGGUUGUUUAAGGCAUCAUCACGUGAACAGAUAAGAUAAGAUGAGAUAGUCAUCAUUUCAGACGGUCAGUGCGGCGCAGCGGAAUCAAUCCUCGCGCCAAAGGACUGGACUCUCCCUAUUGGAGGAGCCUCAUCCGAUACUUGACAACUUUUUCCGGGCUCCAUCUCAUUGCUAGAACAUUGAGCCGUCGCAGGCGCUUGAUUCACAAUUGACGGAGCUGUCGUCGUGAACUUCUUUCUGUCUGGUUAGUGACAGGCAUUGAUACUCGCCACAGCAGGCAAUGAAGACGCCCGCGGCGCCUUCCCGAGGACUCCUGCGGUUCCUGCGAUCUCAGACAGACUUCACGACCGAGAACGUCGCUCCACGAUGUCGAAGCCAGGUCCAGCUCUGUCGGCAUCUGUCGACGUCCGCUUCACAACUGCAGCGAAAGCAACAGUCGUCGCCCUACGAAGAGCUAUGGCACCGAUCCCGUGAGCCGUGUCCAGCGCUGCCGCCUCCGCGACACAGUCCGCCAACACCUCCGCAAUCUCAAUCCCGCAGUGCGAGUACGCGCACCCACCCACACAGCAUUAGCUUCUGGCGGCGCUGGCUACGACACCGAGAAGCGUUAUCGCGGUCCAAGCAUCCUCCCGAUCCUCCAACCGGCCCAUCCAGCUACGACGAAACAUCAGCGCAACUAUUCAAUCUGUCCCGAGCGCUUUCGCGCAACCACACAGGCGCGGACCUGAAACUGCGAUGCACCGAAUUCGACGCCAACGGCUCCGUCACACUCGUAUCCGGCGAAUUCAAGAAAUCAGAAUUAAUAGCCAAAUACGGCCUGUUACCACGCGACUUGCGCAAAAUCGACUCCUCCGUUCUCCCUCACAUCCUUGUCCGCCCGACGGCCAUCCUGAUCAACCUGCUUCACUUACGGGUGUUGAUCCAAUCAGACCGUGUUCUCGUGUUCGACGCAUACGGAAGCACCGACUCAUACACGCAAUCUCUAUUCAUGUACGACCUGGAAGGCAAAUUGCGGCAGAAGCCCGACCCCCGAAAUGGGUCGACAUACCUCCCCUACGAGUUCCGGGCUCUCGAGGCCGUUCUAAUAUCCGUCACAUCGGGCCUAGAAGCCGAGUUCGCCCUGGUCAGGGAGCCAGUGGUACAUAUCCUACGAGAACUGGAGGAAGACAUUGACCGCGACAAACUGCGGCAUUUGCUAAUCCACUCGAAAAAACUGGGUACAUUCGAGCAGAAAGCCCGACUUGUGCGGGACGCCAUUGACGAUUUGCUCAAUGCCGACGACGACUUGUCUGCAAUGUACCUGACGGAACGCAAAUUGACGGGAAAACCACGUGCCGAGAACGACCACCAAGAAGUCGAGAUGUUGCUCGAAUCGUACCACAAGAUCUGUGAUGAAAUCGUCGAGAUCUCGGGCAAUUUGAUCAGCAAUAUUCGCAACACCGAGGAAGUCGUCAAGGCUAUUUUAGAUGCCAACCGGAACCAGCUGAUGCUGCUGGAAAUUAAGUUUAGUGUCGGCACGCUUGGAUUGGCGGGCGGAACACUCGUUGCUGGUCUCUACGGCAUGAAUCUCAAGAAUUUCAUGGAAGAAUCGGACCUGGCGUUUGGUGGUGUCAGUGCUGUGUGUUUCAUCAUGUCGGCCAUCAUUUGUGUCUAUGGCAUGCGCAAGUUGCGCAAGGUCCAGAAGGUCCGUAUGUGGGGUGAGGGUUUGGAUUCUCUGGGCCAACGCAGCAGGGUCGGCGGCCGUGGCAACUGGCGCAAUGAAGCUGUCGAAAGCCAGGCUCAACGAUUUGCCCGGCUAAGAGGUGGCGGCGGCGGCGCUGUGGCUGGUGGUGGUGCUGGUAUUACCCCCUUGGCCGGAGGAUCAGGUGGUGGUGGUCAAACAGGUCCUGUCCUUUGGCCCGGUAUGGAUGGUCUGGGAAUGCACAAGCUCGAUAAUAACGAUGCUCGCGACGGCAGUGUCGACACAAAUUCGGACGCUGAUGCCAUCUCGGACUCUGACUCUGCUGCCCCGCGCAGUAGUCUCUCUCGGAAAAACAAGGACGGUGCGCACAAUGUCGAUGCUCCCACCAAGAAGACGACGGACAGUUCCUCAAACACCAAUAAUACGAAGAAGUAAUGAACGGCUCGAUCACCUACCUUGAUGAUCGAUGCAGCUGCGCGAGUGGACGUUAACGCAGCCCACACCUAUGCUAUGAUAUGAGGAGGACCCUUUUUUCACAUUCGACUCAGUUGCUUAUGAUAUUAAACUCCAUGCUUACCACGAAGCAAAGCCUCACCCACUUGCAAGGCUCGCAACAACAAAACUCCCCCCUCGAUUCGGGUCAAUCCGGUUUCGGUCUACGUACAUCCAGCAAGUCCUUAGAUGACUCGUCUUCCUUUUUCAUUCCAGCGUUCAAGCGGGCUUAUGGGGCACAUAUUUUAAAAAAUGCAAGGUUAGAGGAGGGUGGGGACGAACAGGUCGAUAUGGAUGAACUGCUGGGACAUACAAGGACGGUUCAAUGCCGAACCAAGGCCCGGUAAUGGGAUGGGGAUGAAACACGGCAUAUAAUAUGAUCCAAUCCACUGCUUUCACAUAUACGGGCCAAAGAAAGAAAGUGACUGGUUUGUAACACAUGGAGUGACAGGCGCACUGGGAGUUUUUUAAUGCGAUAUAGAAUCUCCUUCCACAUUCUUGUACUCUUAGCCGGCACGAAUUAAGAUGCUCCCUUCUUCUGCAGCUUCAGUCUGUGAAGACGACACUUUUAUUCCCUG